AUGACUUUCAUCUCCAAUGAUCCCAGUUGGUGGCCGACAAUCAAUUUAGGUGUUUUUGACAGCUAUUGGAUGGUUGCUGCUGGCAUCAUAGUCGUGUACGACUGGGUAUUAACACUCGGACAAGAGAUUGAACUCAUCUGGCUCAUUGGCCAAACAACAGAGGAGCUGAUACUCCCUGGCACAUAUCUGUGCGUUUAUGGAAUGGAAGGAGGCGAAGCCCUUUUCAUUUCAAUGAUUUGGAUGCUCAACACUAUCUGGGAGGUCCUUGCACUGUGUCUUUCAGUCUGGGUUGCUAUGAAACACUUCCGUGAGCAACGACUCAACCAAUCGACAGGAUCGACUAUUGGGGACUAUUUCAGAGUGCUGAUACAAUCUCAUGUUCUUUAUUUUGCAAGCUUUGUCAGUGUCUCUUGCCUCCAGCUUGCUAAUGUCUCGCCAUCAAUUGCGAAUUCAAUUUCUACUGGAUCUCAGAUACUCUAUGCUGCUCUUUUGGUUUUAGCAGUCGUGCAGAUGUUUGUGCUAGGACCACGCCUCAUUCUUAGCAUUCGAGAAUACCACGCCAAACUCGUAGAAUACUCUGACGCAGAAAUUAGCAUGAAUACAAUUGUUUUCCAAGAGAGAAAUGCUUGCCGUGUGGUCUGCAGGGAGGAGAAAUUUGGUGGAGGAUCCGUCGUGGUAUUCAUUUAACAUAUGGUGUUUUGAAGUAUAUUUGAAAGGUCUAGGCA